UCACUGGUUGGACUGCUUUUGUUUGUUUUCCUGAAGUGGUACUGGUUUAACUUGUCCUGAAGACGAACAACCUCCUGCAGUGCUUUCAAAAUCACCGGAUAUUGAUCAAGGUGUGAACCGGUGAGGAAGAUGGCUUCUGUUAAAGAGCUACUUGCGAAAUCUCUGAUGAAGCUGAAAAAUCCUGAGCUGAAGGAGUUUCAGUGGCACUUAGAGAAAGAUCAUGAGCAUAUAUAUAAGUGUGAAAUGGAGAAAGCAGACAGGUUAGACACUGUGAACAAGAUGGUGCAGUGUUUUGGACCAGAAGAGGCUGUAAAUAACACUGUCAGCAUCCUGAGGAAAAUGAAGCAGAAUAAUCUGGCGAAGCAGCUGGAGAAUGAACACAAGAGGCAAGGCUCAGCUGCAGCGGACAGUGAACAGGUUCUUCAAGAGAACAGCAAGAGACUGAAAGACAAAUUAAAGCAGGACUAUGAGCAGAUAUUGGUUGGCAAUACACAGAAAGGUCGUCAGAAAUACCUGGAUGAUAUUUACACUGAUCUAUAUGUGGUGGAGAACGAAACUGGAGGAAGAGUGAAUGAUCAUGAGGUCAUACAGAUGGAGACAAAUCCCAACCGUCUGACUGCUACAGACAAACCAAUCAAGUGUAAUGACAUGUUUAAAGUUCAGGCUGACACAAGUCGACAAAACAGAAGAAGAGUCCUGACACUGGGGAUUGCAGGAGUGGGAAAAACUGUGUCUGUCAACAAAUUCAUCCUUGACUGGGCUGAAGGAGAAGAGAAUCAGGAAAUAGUCUUCAUAUUUCCACUGCCGUUCCGUAGACUGAAUCUGAUUAGAGAAGAAAAGUACAGUCUCAUAGGUCUGUGUAACAAGUACUUCUUUAGAAGUCCCAAUAAACUGAGCUCUCUUCCUGAAAAAGAAGGUAAGGUGAUGUUCAUCUUUGAUGGACUGGAUGAAUGUCGCUUCCCUUUAGACCUUGACGAAGAUGAUGGAUUGACAGAUGUGAAUGAGAAAAUGAGUGUGAGUAAGAUACUACCCAACCUGUUAAAGAAUCAGCUGAUGCCCUCUUCCCUCAUCUGGAUCACAUCCAGACCAGCAGCAGCCAGUCUGAUACCCCGAGACUACAUUGAUCAGGUGACUGAGGUGCGAGGAUUCAAUGAUGAACAGAAGGAGCAGUACUUCAUCAAAAACAGCAGUCCUGAGGUUGCUGGAAACAUCAUCGCUCACAUCAGGAAAUCCAGGAGUCUGUACAUCAUGUGCCACAUCCCUGUCUUCUGCUGGAUCUCUCUCACUGUUCUUCAGCCUCUUCUGGCCCGAGAGUGCAAUGACAAAACACCGACAACUCUCACAGGGAUGUACACCAACUUCUUACUGUCUCAAAAGCAACAGAUGAAAAAGAAAUACAGCAAUGAUCCUGGCCCUGACGCCAAUGUCUGGUCUUUUGAAGAGAUCAUUCUGAAGCUUGGGGAACUGGCUUUCAAACAGCUGGAGGAAGGAAAUCUGAUUUUCUACAAAGAAGAACUUGAGGAGUGUGGGCUGGACAUCAGUGAAGGGACAGUGUUCUCUGGCUUAUGUACUCGAAUGUUUCAGGAGGAAAAAGAAGUUUCAGAUGCAAAGGUUUACAGUUUCAUACAUCUCAGUGUUCAGGAGUUCCUCGCUGCUCUCUAUGUGUUUUAUACUUACAAAAUCAAGAAAACAAAUCCAUUUCUUGAUUUCUGGAAAAAGCUGACAUGGAAACUGUCUACAAGGUCUCUGUUUAGACUUCAUAAGGCUGCAGUCAAGAAGACUUUACAAAGCAGGAAUGGACACUUGGACCUUUUCCUCCGGUUCCUGCUGGGUCUCUCACUGGAGUCUGAUCAGAGUGACCUGAAGGAGCUCCUGCCAGGACUGAAGCUCAAAACAGAAAACAUCAAAGACACGACUGACUAUAUCAAAAAGAAAAUAGAGAAGGAGAAAUCAGCAGAGAGGACCAUCAACCUCUUCCACUGUCUGAAUGAACUGAAGGAUGACUUUGUGGAGGACCUCCAGAAGAGUCUGAGCUCUGGAAUUCUUAUAUCACUAGAUCUGUCCUCUGCUCAGUGGUCAGGUCUGGUGUUUGUGCUCCUGAUGUCAGAAGAGACUCAAGAGAAGUUUGAACUGCAGAAAUACAGAAGAUCUGAUGAAGCACUGAUGAGACUGAUACCAGUGAUCAAGAACACCAGGAGAGCACUGCUACAAUGCUGUAAUCUCACUGCUCAGUGUUGUGAGAGUUUGUCUUCAGCUCUACAAUCCUCAAACUGUGUCCUGAGAGAGCUGAACCUGAGUAACAAUGACCUGCAGGAUUCAGGAGUGAAGCUUCUCUCUGAUGGACUGAAGAGUCAACACUGUAAACUGGAGAUACUGAGCUUGGCCAUGUGUAAUCUCACUGCUGAUUCCUGUGAGAGUUUGUCUUCAGCUCUACAAUCCUCAAACUGUGUCCUGAGAGAGCUGGACCUGAGUAACAAUGACCUGCAGGAUUCAGGAGUGAAGAAGCUCUCUGAUGGACUGAAGAGGCCAGACUGUAAACUGGAGACACUGAGAUUGUCUGGCUGUAUGGUGACAGAGGAAGGCUGUGGUUUUCUGUCUUCAGCUCUGUCUUCAAACCCCUCACACCUGAGAGAGCUGGAUCUGAGCUACAAUCAUCCAGGAGAUUCAGGAGUCAAGCUGCUCUCUGAACAACUGGAGGAUCCAAACUACACACUGGACAAACUCAAAGUAGAUCAAGGAGGAGAGAAGAGGAUUACAGCAGGACUGCACAAAUAUGCCUGUUUCCUCACACUGGAUCCAAACACCGCAUACGCUGAACUCAUUAUAUCUGAGGAGAACAGGAAAGUGAUGAAUGUGGCUCAGAAACAGCCGUAUCCUGAUCAUCCAGACAGAUUUGAUAAUGUACUUCAGGUGUUGUGCAGAGAGAGUGUGUGUGGACGCUGUUACUGGGAGAUUGACUGGACUGGAGAUGAUGCGUCUACAUCAGUGUCAUAUAAGAGCAUCAGAAGGAAGGGAGAUAUUGAGUGUGCAUUUGGAUGGAAUCCUCAGUCCUGGAGUUUGAUCUGCUAUUCCUCCAGUUACGAAUUCAGACACAAUAACAAACAUACGUAUUUACCAGAAGAGCCGAUCAGCAGGAGGAUAGGAGUGUAUCUGGAUCACAGUGGAGGAACUCUGAGCUUCUACAACAUCAGUGGAGACACAAGGAUCCUCAUCCACUCAGUCCAGACCACAUUCACUGAGCCGCUCUAUCCUGGGUUUAGGGUUUAUCGUGGAUCUUCAGUCAAACUGUGCAGAAGACUGAAAUAUUGAGGACUGGACUUAUUUACCCAAAAUCCUGUGCUCUGCAGGAUCAGUCAGUCAGCAGUGAGAUGUUCUGGAGUCUCUUCAUCACUUUAUUCCUGAACUUCUGUCUCUAAGAGAGUGUGUGUGUGUGUGUGUUUGAGUGAGUGGCAUUCUCCAUUUGUCUUUCUUCAUUUACUAUCAUAAUAAUAAUCAACUGUCCUCUAGUAUUCACUGCACAUCUGAAUUAUUACUGUAAUAAUGAUCAUCUCAAACACAUUCACUCAAAACAGAGACAGACAUGAGCAUGCAGAUAAUCCAAAAGCACAGUCAGAGUACAGGCGAGUGGUCGAGACAGGCAGAAAAACAACGUAAACAGUAAAACAAAGCAAAGAUCAAAAGUACGGCAAGGCAAGAUAAGGAAAAUGCUUCAGUAAAACUCAUUUGCUGAUCACAAGACUCAGCAAAGAGUGUGUGUGAAUGAGGUGUCCUUAUAGCACUAAUAAUCAGUCCAUCAUGAGCUUCCAGCUGUGUGUAAUCUGAGAAGACUGAAUAGCGCACUUCACAUUAAGGUAAGCCAGCCAUGUUACCUUUCAUAAAAAACAAGAAUUGCUAUCCUAGCUAAGAACACCGAUCAUUAACACAGCUAUAUUUCAACUAGUAACUAACUCUACAUAAUGAUGAAUGAUUUUACCAAAAGAAGAAAAACAUAUCUGUACUGGACUGCUGCUUUCAGGAUGUCAUCCUUUCCCCACUUAGUCUGUCACCAGCUCUUUCUAUGACCAAACAAGCAAGCCUCUUCUGAUUGGCUGAAUUUCUCUGAUCUCAAGAUAAAGCCUCAUGUUUGCCUUUGCAGAUACUCAAAGGACUUUUGCACCAGAUAUCACAGUGAGCGAGAGCGCGAAAUGUAGAUUUGCAAGUGAGAAACAGCGAUUAGGACCCAUAGUGGCAGAUUCGAGGCGUUGUAGUAACAUAGUUGUGUUUGUACUUAGAAAAAAUAUCCAGGAAAAAAUAUUUAAGAGCAAACAUUACGUUCUACACGCGUGCAACAUUCUGCGUGGAUACACAUUCUAAUAUGCAGGUGCACAAGAUUCGUCUGUGACUUCAGAUUUUUGGAUGCAGGUGUGUGAAUGUGUUAUACACCAUAUUCACUGCAACAAUAGUAGGGAAAAACAUGAGUGGAUGAGUUUCUUUAUUUGUGAUUCAUCUAAUAGGAUUUGUGGACCUGCACUGAAGGAUUUGAAAAGCUGUACAUGUUACGCUGUGUUUGGUGGAGAUAAAAAUACCAACAUAUUUGCAAAUUUGCUCUGUGAUUACAAAUUCACUGAUACACACUUAUGGCUAUACAUUACAACUACAAAUCACACUUUUACACCAAAAAUAACUUCAUAGACAAGGGCGCAAGCCUAAGCUGAACAAUCUCCCAUCCCUCAAGUGACACUGCAUCAAGAAUCGUCAUUCAUAUAUUGCCACAUGGGCUCAGGACUACUUUGGCAAACCUUUGUAACGUGCCACAAUACAUUGCUACAUCCCCAAAUGCCAGGGAAAAUUGUACUGUGCCAAAAGGAAGCUCUAUGUUAACAGUGUCCAGAAGCGCCGUUGUCUUCUCUGGGCUCGGAGGCAUCUGGGAUGGACCAUCACACAGUGGAAACGUGUACUGUGCUCAGAUGACGCAGAGUUUCAGUUAUGUUUUUGGGAGAAAUAGACGUGGUUGUGUCAGUGCCCUUGGUAAAGGUAACCUGCUCUUCUGUUAUGCUCCAUUAAUGCUGAACAGCACAGAGAGAUUCUGGAGCUCAAUAUGCUGCCUUCUUCUCCAGGGACGCACAUGCAGAGUUCAACAAGACAAUGCAGAACCACAUUCAGCACACAUUACAGAGUCCUGCUGCGGAGGAAGAGGAGACAGGUACUGGACUGGCCUGGCCAAAUAAAGCAGCCGCUGUUCUCCACAAUGGUGACGUCUAAUGAAAACAUUUACAAUACAAACAUUCAGAUUCAGUCAGUUGCAGAUAAAUUAGACUGAGAUAUUAAAAUUAUGUUUGAUCUACAAAUGUACACCCUGUUCACAAAGCACAUCCAAAGCCUUCCAAGAUUAUUUUGAUUUCAUUUACUGUGUUGUGUUAAAGUGCUGUUCAUUCAAUAAACAACAACAACAACAACAACAACAACAACAACAACAAAAAGUGUGAUUUUUGCUUGUCCUUCAGAUUACUUUAAAAUGAGAAAAGAUGUUGCUGGAAUAUACUAAAACAUAUUUGUUUUGGUGACUAUAAGGUGACUGGAAAAAUAAUAAUCAUUAACCUA